CAACAAAAAACACAAUGUACUCUGACAAAAAAACAAUUUUGCCUCUCUUAUAAGAAGUUAUUUUGCUUCAACAAGAAAAUUUCAACAGAUCAGUACGGAAACCCUAACUCCUUAUUCUGUCUUCUAUAAGAAAAGACAUUUGUAUCUUCCCCACGGUACGGAGAAAUAUUCUAAAAGGUUUCUCUGGUCACUGGUCUCUUCAGCCACACAGAUCUUUUCAAAUAAUAGAAAAUUUUUUGAUCAUUCUCUCUUUUUAUUUGUUUAUAUAUUUUUUUUCUUUCUCAGAUUCUUAAUAUUUGCAGUUUAGAACAUCUUCUACUAUUACAGAGGAUGGAUCCUCACCAAGGUCAUAACCAAAACCCAUCCAUGGGAGUUGGUGGCAGCGGAGCACAAUUCCCCUAUGGUUCCAAUCCAUACCAGCCCAACCAAAUGACUAGCUCACCUGGGAUGGUUGUUCCACCAAUUGGAACCAUUCAAUCCACUGGUCAGCCUGCUACAGCUCAAUUGGGCCAACAUCAACUGGCUUAUCAACAUAUUCAUCAACAACAACAGCAGCAACAGCAGAUGCAACUUCAGCAACAACUUCAGUCCUUUUGGGCUAACCAAUACCAAGAAAUUGAGAAGGUAACUGAUUUCAAGAACCACAGCCUUCCCCUGGCAAGGAUCAAGAAGAUCAUGAAGGCUGAUGAAGAUGUCAGGAUGAUAUCGGCCGAGGCGCCGGUCAUAUUUGCGAGGGCAUGCGAAAUGUUCAUACUAGAGUUGACAUUGCGAUCAUGGAAUCACACUGAAGAGAACAAGAGGAGGACUCUUCAAAAGAAUGACAUUGCUGCUGCAAUUACAAGAACCGAUAUCUUCGAUUUCUUGGUUGAUAUUGUGCCCAGGGAGGAUCUGAAAGAUGAAGUGCUUACAUCAGUGCCAGGAGGAACAAUGGCUGUUCCAGGGCCAGCUGAUUCUAUUCCUUACUGCUAUAUGCCGCCACAGCAUGCACAAGUUGGAGCUGCAGGAGUCAUGAUGGGUAAUCCUGCAAUGGACCCCAAUUUAUAUGCUCAGCAGCCUCAUCCCUACAUCGCACCGCAAAUGUGGCCACAGCCACCAGAGCAACAACAGUCGCCUUCGGAUCAUUGAGGCGCAAACUCGCUUUCUCUCACUUCACUUAGUUGUAUAGGCUCUCUGCUUUCAACUUCACAUUUUACUGCUCUUUUCAGUACGCUAUAGCAAAAUUUGAUUCUGCAAUUUUUGAGUCUGUUUCCUUUUUCUCAUUAGAUUUUAAUAAUGAACAACUUGAUUUUGGAUUAUGAGAAAUUAAAUAUGAUCGUUUUUUAUGUUGGA